AUGUCGCCACCUUUUGCGACGCGGCCCUCGCAGGUCAUCGGGGGAACGCACGUGGCUACCGAGCUGGACGAUCACACCUCACACAUGGACUCGCUACUUGGGGAUCCGUACGCCGAUGCGGACGCCGAGUCUCUCCGAUCGUCCCGGCACCCGGACCCGGACAUGGAAUCAAUACGCUCCCUUCAUUCUCGGGCCUCUCAUGUGGACUCACUCCUCACCCGUCCGCUCAUCCUGGACCAAACAAAGAGAAUGCCGCCUCCAGGACCCAAUAAGCUGCAUCGCCGUCGGAACCAGUACCCCCACUUCGACAACAGGACCGUCACGAUUCCGGAGUCCACAUCAUCACACCACGAAAACUCGGGCCAACAACAGGAAACACACCAUCAGUCACAGCAUCAGUCGCAAUCUAAACCGGACAUAACGCGGUCAAAAUCAACAAGAGACCGCCAAGCCACGGCGGACAACCAGCAAGGGCAAAGCCACAGGAGGGCGAAGUCAUACACCCUGGCCGGCGGGCCCUCAUCGUGGCUGCUGAGCAACUCCCUGGUCGACGUGAGGCGGUCUGGGUCGUUGACAGGCGAGAGACGGGAGAUACGCAAGCUGCAGAAGGACCACCCUGCCGGGUCCGCGAGGCCGAGCCUUGCAUUGGAGAUCGGCGACGGCGACGGCGGCAGUCCGCCGACGGACGGCGGGGAGAGGGGCUCGGGGCUGGGUGUGAGGAGGAAGAUGGGGCGGUUGAGAGGUCUUUACCGCAAGUAG